AUCUGAAAUUUACCUUCACCGUAAAGUUUAACAAAACAACCCCUUUAAACAAAGAGCCAUAAACAAGACGAACACUGAUUCCAAACCUAAACAAAGGCCAAACUAACACACCAACACAUCUAGUAUACCACAAAAUUCCUUGAGAAGACAACUACAAGUCAAAGAGAGGCCAAACGUUUCUCACUUUCAAAGAUACCCUGCAGCCAAAAAGGAUAACCUGCUGCAACAUAGGACUGAAGUCUUAGGUCUCUAGUAACACUUUGAGCAAUAAGAAAUGCACCUCUAUUCCCGCUAUUCAUUUCUUUAGAAAACCUCCACCAUUCAAUCUUCCUUAGCCCAAACAAGAUAUCUGCACGCAUUGCUUUGAAAGAUGGCCAUGCUUUUGGUCUUGUCACCGCACCAACAAUCAUGUCAUCAUCAACCGCAAAGAUCACCCUGUUUAGCCUAUGACUUACCAUACUGUCAAUCGCCCACAUAAGAACUUGAAAUUUCAAUUCCUUCAAGUUGUUGAGACCAGUAAAAGCUCUCCUACUAUGCAGCAAUACCUUUUCUUUUGAGUCCCUUAACACCCAAGCCGCCCCUCCUAAAGCAAAUUCCUUCUUCCAAUGCACACCAAUAUUACAUUUUAACCAAAAAACUUAAAGAGAUUCCCAUUUGAGCAUCACCGUCUGCUCCACUCUUUUAUCCUCUUCCAUUCUAGUCUCUUCCAUUUCAACAGCUAAAAACAUUUGAAGUUAUUAGAACAUUAAAUAAGAAAAGGAUUUAAUCAUAUCUAUAUACGGUUUUGGUGAAACCAAAAGCUCUACUUAUAUAUUGUUUUCUCAUUCUCAACAUUAUCUAUACUAUUAUUUAUGAAGUGAUUUGGCUUAUGUGUCAACCUCUCCUUAACAUUAGAUUUUCCUGCUUAUUUUUUAAUAUUUUUAUAAUUUUAUUUGCUUAUUUGCUUAUUUGAUUUCUAUACUAUUAUUUAUGAAGUGAUUUGGCUUAUGUGUCAACCUCUCCUUAACAUUAGAUUUUCCUGCUUAUUUUUUAAUAUUUUUAUAAUUUUAUUUGCUUAUUUGCUUAUUUGAUUAUUUUGAUUAAUAUUUAUAGAUCUGUCAUAUUUAUAACGUAAAAUCUACAUUGAAUAAUGUUUAUUUUUUUGCUUUACCGUACAUAACACCAAGAAUUGUUUAAGAUAAAUAUACAUUGAAUAAUGUUCUAGAUAAUAACGACAAUGAAAACCAUAAUUCAUUACGUUGAGGACAAUAUCUAAUAAUCGAAACCUGUUUGACCAAAAUCAUACUAUACCAAUAAUUAUUUAAUAUAAAUAUAUACAUAUACAUAUACAACAAUGAAAACCAUAGUACAUUACGAUAAGGAUAAUAUCAAUACAACACUGACUCUAUAAUUUACCGACUAUAGCUAUAUAUAUAUAUAUAUAUCAUUCGACUUUCUUUCGUUUACAUCACCCUCAAAUCAAAAGUUAUAAACAGAUCUUAAAACUUCUCAGCAGCAAUAAUAACUUGCCAACAAUGUCUUUUUUGAGAAAAAAACCCGCUUCUCUUGUUUUUAUUGGAGAUAUUGAUCCGGCUAAAGAUUGUUACAAGAUUAAAGUCAAAGUGAUAAAACUUUGGAAUACAUGGAAAAAUUCAAAAAUCGUUUCGAUUGAAUUAGUGUUGGCUGAUAUCAAUGGAACGAGGAUUCAUGCUUCUAUUGAUGAACGUUCUCUUGGUAAUUUUCGAUCUAAGUUAUCUCAAGGAGAUUAUUUUAUUCUGAGUAAUUUCACCAUUGGUGACUAUACCACAGAAUAUAGAACGAAUCCUCUUCCUUUUAAGAUUAACUUCUAUAGAACAACCAAAAUUACUCCUUGCGAUGAUUUUCCAAAAGAGUUACCAAAUAAUUACUUCAAAGAUUUUAAGGAAAUAUUGGAAUGCCAAUAUGAAAAAGAAGUCUUAAUCGAUGUUAUUGGUGAAGUUGUGAAUGUUGGACCUUUAGAAAAUCUAAUGGCAAAAGGGAAAUCAUCAACUAAGCUAGAAUUAACAAUUCGUGACAUAAAUGAUACGCGUUUAACAUGUACGCUGUGGUCUGGGUAUGCAAAACAAGUAUCAGAUUUCUUUAAAUCUAAUGAAGCAGCAUGUAUUGUAUGUGUUGCUCGAUUUGUUUGUGUGCGAGAAUUCAGAGGAGUUGUGACUGUUUCUAAUGUAUUCAAUGCCACUGAAAUUCUUUUUGAUCCACAACUACCAGAAGUGCUUGAUUUCAAAUCUAAGUUGCCUAAUGAUGAUUUGAUUAUUACUAGAGAAGCUUUUGAUCCUAAAUCUACGCCUCUAAAAGUAGAUUUAUAUGAUGAAUUUUUCAUUAAGAAUCCUAUAAAAUCUAUCCGUGCAUUGAAUGCAUCGAAUGAGGUGGGAAAAUGUGUUACCCUUUGCAAGAUUGUUUCCAUUGAAACCACUCCAAAGUGGUAUUUUGUUGCGUGUGGUACCUGUCGGACGACAGUUCAUCCAUGUGAAGAUGAUCUUGAUGAUGAUAGUCCACCUUUGUUUCAUUGUAGCGGAUGCAAUGGAAACGUCUCUAACGUUGUGGCUAGGUUUAAACUUGUCCUUUGUGUUACUGAUCAUACGGGAGAAGCCGCUAGGUUUAUUCUUUUCGAUAAUGUUGUUGUUCCCUUUCUCCAUAAUACUGCUAUGGAUCUUGCCGAAGAAGUUGCUGAGGAAAACGCAUCUGUUCUACCUUUAUCAUUAGUCAGACUUAUUGGUAAAACAUAUAUUUACAAGAUUAAUGUAUCAGCUGAUAAUUUGAGGAGUCGUAAAACGACUUUUAAAGUUGAUAUAAUUUCUGAUGAUGAAGAUUUGAUUAGUAAGUGGGUCAGUGAAGGUUAUACUGGUCAGGGUGGUUUGUUUAUGGAUUGCCAACGUAGUUUGGAAGAUUCAGCUGAAGCUUCCCAAUCUGAUGGAUUAAAGCGUAACGGUGAUGCUUUCGAUCGUGGAAAUUUGGUUGUGGGGAAAGAUGGAAAUCCUAAAAAGUUGAAGAAGAAUACAGAAUAAUUUUUAAGAUUUGGAUUUGUUUCUUUAAAUUUAGAGGUUUUUACGUUUUGGAUAAUUUAUAUUUAUAGUGUUUGUUAUGGAUUUUUUUAUUCUGUGUUGGUUUUUACAAUAAAGUUUGAAGUUAUUCCUCUUUAAUUGUUGUUAUUUAAUCAUUCAAUAAAUCUUAUAUACUAAAUCUUACUUAUUUUUAUUCCUUCAAGUACUGACUAAAAUACCGAUACAUUCAUUAUUCAAGAAAUCACUCCAAAUUUACAAGUUAAAUUUCUACUUAACACCAAAUAUACAUCAAUAAAUAUGAUAUAGUUAAUUAGUAGAAACCCUAUUCUACGAAUACUCCAUGGCCAUGUUAGGAUCAGAAAACGAAAACCUUUUGCAUUAUUUUAUAUAAAUAGUUUUAUUAAGAGCCACUCAAAAAUCAAAAAAAAUAAAUAAUUAAAUAAUAA